AUCGCGGGUAUAUAACAUUGGUAUAAAUACCUUGCUAUUAAACAUACUUAUAUCAGUGGUUGCAAUAGUACAAAGUAUAACCAUAAAUUAGUACAGUAUUUUACCAUUCUGUCUAGAUAUUAAUAUCAGGAUGCCGGCAACUAAACGCAAGGCUUCCUUUAGGACGCCGUACGAGCGUCCCAGCAAGAUGUCAAAGCGGUCGACAUCCGCGACUUUAUCCGGUAUGAGUUCUGCCACCGUUACAGAGGUCUCAGCCUCUGCACCAGUCAUAUCGGAUGUCAUUCCCUCCCCUCCGUCCUUACGUCGGGCAUCGACACUUACAUUGGAAGAAGAGGAGGCGGCCGACGCGACUAAGGGCGCCAUCGGAAAGAGGAAAUCUUCGGUGAAAAAGCCAGCCUCCAUGUCUAAGAAAUCGAGCAGCUUUGUCGAUGAGGGAGCGCUUGUCACUCGAUUAUCUAGAACCAAAUCCGGCUCAAUCAUCGGAGAGACUUCCGUGGUGGCAACAGGAAGAGGAGCGGUUACGUCCAUACCGAGCGGCCUAACAAAGCUCGCCUUAACAACUUCCGGGUCUAAAGGAAGUCUAGCCGUGUCCAAGUCCACACUUGUUGGAGAGGUAGACGAGACAGAAAUGGCGUCUGCCCUUGAUUCCCUGAGAUCGACAUUGUCUAAAGAGAAAUCUAAGUCGAAAUCGCUGACGAAGAAAGCUUCGUCUGUGCGUGCGACACUCAGCAAGGGUGUCUCUGCAAAGUCUACUGCAGCAGAUGCGGAGGUUGAAGGGGACGCCAUGGACACAGAGGAACCCGCCGCCACUGGUGGCGCCCUACCCCCCGGGGGCUUGAUGGAGCUCGCCAUCUCCUUCGACACGACAGGCUCGAUGUACGGCUGUCUGGAGGAAGUGAGAGCAAAGAUACAGGAUCUCAUUCAGCGGCUUCAGGGAGAUAUACCUGGUAUCCGAAUUGCCAUUAUCGCUCACGGUGACUACUGCGAUGAACACAGCUCUUAUCUCAUCAAGUGGAUCGACUUUGGCUCUGCGCUUCCGGAGCUGUGUGAGUUCGUGAAGGGAGUGGGGCGAACCGGUGGAGGGGAUGGUCCAGAGUGUUACGAGCUGGUAUUACAGCGAACCCGGGAGGCGCUCACAUGGACGCCUGGUUCCCAGCGCGCCCUCAUCUUGAUCGGCGACAACCUGCCGCAUGAGCCAGGGUACAACUAUGGCGGAAAAACUUACCACAUCAACUGGCGCCACGAAUGCAACUACUUGGGCAAAAUCGGGGUGAAGGUAUAUCCCGUGAUGGCCUGUGGGUUCGGUUCAUUUGGAGUUCGAAACACCUACGAGGAUAUGGCCAAAAGAACGGGCGGGAAACUCCUCGAGUUAAAGAACUUCUCGAGCAUGUUCGACUUCAUCAUGAUGAUCUGUUAUAGGGAGGCAAAUCCAGAUAUGAUGAGCAUAUACGAGCAAGAGAUGCGAGACCGGGAGGGACGGAUGGCGGACGAUUUGGUGGGCUUAUCAAAGACGUUGAAGACUGGAGGUUCCCCGUCAUUUAAGCCAUCCCACAUGCCCGUAUACCCCGCACCCGGUGGUUUGUUUGGAGGCAUUGCGACUGGAAAAGCCAAGAAAGCGCCUAAAGUGAAAAAGACAUUGCAAAGAGGGAAAAAGGCUAAGAUUGUAGCGGCUAAAACAACGGAUGCGGGUCCGAGAGCGAAGCCAAAGGUCACGAAGAAGAAGCCAGCCAAGAAAACAUUGAAGAUUGACAAAGUGCAAAAGCGCGAGAAGCUGCCGGAUUCCUGUAUGAGCAAGGGACCGCUGCGUGGACUGACUUGGUCCAAAUGGAUCAAGGUCGUGAUACCCGAGGCUCCCAAGGAGGCCAAGUCCAUGUACACAAAGCGUCGAUCGAAUAAGGGAUAUUUACUGAAGACGUGGUUUAAGGAGGGAUUCACAGUUCCCGCAAUGUACGAGUUUGCCCUGCAGCUUCCGGGGAAAGGGACUAGCAAGAAGUACGUGGUCUACUGUCGCAUGACGCGGCACGGAUUUUCUCGGAGCGGCACGUGGUACUCCAACCUGUUACGUCACAAGACCGUCAGACAGGAAGUGAACAGGGUCAUUGAUAAUGGCUGUACCAUAUAUGUACGCCGCGGGGCUGCGAAGGGUAAAACUAAGGGGGUUCAGUAUAAGAGGAUGGUUGCAGCCUCGGACUAUGUCAAGGAUCACUUUGACUAUGCCUGGAAGAAAUAUAUCUGGAGGAAGACCAAGGCUGGGGAGCAAAAACAUAGAGAACUUGUUGUUAAGAGGAAGGGUGUCUCGUUUACAUUGUCAGGUAAAGAUGUGUAAGCGUAUCGCAUCUUCAUAGACAUUGGUUUUCUGCAUUUUCAUUAACAUUAGACUCUAUUUGGGUAUGUUUGUGGUUGAAAUGUGACUCGUGUACGUUGUUUAUAAAAACAGAUUGCAAAAACGCCUCCUCGGAUGAUACCACCUGUGAUAUUUGGUAAUUGUAUUGUCAGAGUAACUCAUUCUAGCAUCUGUAUAUAUUUUUAGAAUUAUUAAUUUUUAUUAAAUUAACAUAACCAUUUUGUUUAUACACAUGCAUAUCCAUGAUAUCGUGUUAACAUGUGAUAGAACUACAUUUGUACAUGCUCGUGCAAUGGAUGUGCAUACAUAUUUUCUGUAAUCUUGUUAUGUUAUUUCAAAGAAAUAAAUUCAAAAGGUGUGAUAAAAUAUCUGCCAUUAUGAGUAUUAAAUCAAUUAAUUGUACGGCGAACAACGGGUGAAUUGUGUGUGGCGUAUCUGCACACGAUAUAGGCCGUCACCGACCUAACAAUAGGUACUUAAGUCCUGAGUAUAAAACCGUUUGAGUGGAUUUAUUCACAUUCAGUGUUCAGGCUCUUGUCUCAGCCAAUGAAAUUGCCCGAAAGACUCACAUUUGUAUCAUUUUGAAAAACUAUGACGUAACUGUGUUUCAAAAAUCCACAAAGCAGACAAGAAUCGCCUCAAUUCCAUUUAGUCAUUCAUUGGGUUUAUUACGUGUGGAUAAUAUAGAGGCAUUGCGUCCUUUAAUAUGUUAUUAAGAAAUUAAUGCUCAUAAACUCUAUCAUAAGGAAAUAGAUGUCCUUACUUCUGUCUACUGCUGGUAGUUUAA